AAGCAUCUUGUACAUUCAUCACUCUCCUCUCUCACUCGCUCAAUCAGCAUCUCGUCCUCAUCUACAGCCCAUAACAUCAACAUGAGCAACACAGUCUAUAUCGCUGCCGUCGCACGCACUCCCAUCGGCUCCUUCAACGGCUCCCUUGCCUCUUUCUCGGCCACCGCGCUCGGCUCUCUUGCUGUCAAGGGUGCCCUGGAAAAGGCCAACAUCAGCCCCGAGCAGAUCGAGGAGCUCUACUUCGGAAAUGUCUUGUCUGCCGGACUCGGUCAAAACCCCGCUAGACAGGUCGCCAUUGGCGCCGGCCUUCCCAAGUCUGUCAUCUCGACCACCGUCAACAAGGUCUGCGCUUCCUCCAUGAAGGCUGUCAUGCUUGCCGCCCAGACCAUUCAGACUGGCCAGGCUGAUAUUGUUAUCGCAGGAGGUGCCGAGUCAAUGACCAAUGUUCCAUACUACUUGCCCAAGAUGCGCUUCGGUGCCAAGUACGGCCAUCAGGAGGUCAUCGACGGCGUUCAGAAGGAUGGUCUCACUGAUGUCUACAACAACUACUCCAUGGGUGUCGCCGCGGAGGAGACUGCAGAGGAGCACCAGAUCUCACGCGAGGCUCAGGACGACUUUGCCAUCAACUCUUAUAAACGUGCUCAGGCAGCCACUGAGGCUGGACUUUUCAAGAAUGAGAUCGUUCCCGUUGUCAUCCCCGGCGCUCGUGGCAAGCCCGACACUGUCGUCUCGACCGACGAUGAGAUUUCCAACUUAAACGAGUCCAAACUGCGUGCCAUGCGCCCUGCCUUCAAGCCCAACGGCGGCACGGUCACUGCACCCAACUCCUCGCCCAUCUCGGACGGUGCCUGCGCCAUUAUCUUGAUCUCUGGACAGAAGGCCCGCGAGCUCAACAUCCCCGUCUUGGCCCUGAUCCGUGGAUCCGCAGAUGCAGAGCAGGAUCCCUCCAGGUUCACGACCGCUCCCGCAUUGGCGAUCCCCAAGGCUAUUAAGCGCGCUGGUCUCACGCCUGAGCAGAUCGAUUUCUAUGAGAUCAACGAGGCCUUCUCGAUCGUCGCUUGCGCAAACAUGAAGCUCUUGGGCUUGAACAGCGAGAACGUCAACGUUAACGGAGGCGCCGUUGCCCUUGGACACCCUCUCGGAUGCUCAGGUGCUCGUGUCAUCACAACACUGGUCAAUGUCCUGCAGCAGAAGAACGCAAAGAUCGGAGUUGCCGGUAUCUGCAACGGUGGUGGUGGAGCCUCGGCUGUUGUGAUCGAGCGCGUCAGCGAAGACCAUGCGAAGCUGUAAAAAAAACGAGGGUGCGAGAACCUAAAUGAAUAGAAUCGUAGUAAAUAUUUAGAUACCACAGCAGAUGCGACAUGCACCAUCUCCAUCUCCAUUUUGUUAUAUAUAUAUAUUCACGCCAUUAAAGCCGCUGCCGUGAGAUCUACAUCGUGCUUUUCUUGAGAAUCAGGGUGUAGCCUCUAUCAACCUAAGGCGAUGCUCUGGAUUCCCCUCUUUUUUUCCCCCUGCAGAAAUAAGUGCGUGUACAACAGUUCAGGGGAAUCAGAUUCUAUGUGACAUUUAUCAAUGCAGCAGUUUCUUUAAU